CGUCAAAAAGACUCCGCUCCCAAGGUAGAUGCCUAUAAUCUCGUUCCAGAGUCGAAAACCUCAGUAUUCGUCAGCUUCGUAGGCUCCCAACGACACCAGUGAAGGCACUUGAGUAGACAUGGCGACGAAGGCAGCUACUGCCAGUUCACCCUCGCCGCCUCCGCCGCCGUCAUCGCUACCGGCGGCAUCCAGCGGCCCCACGGCGCCGACAGACGCGAGGCGAACGUCUAAUUGGUCGCUGUGGCCAAUCAAGACGUCGUCUUCCUCGCCGUCGUCGCCGUCGUCAAUAAAGCAGCAGCAGGUGGCUCAGGCGCAGAGACAAACGCAGACGCAGACGCAGGCACAGACGCAGACGCACCACGGAGACUUUCGUUCUUCAACUUCAGGCUCGCCGCCUUCGCCCUUUUGGGCCGGACACAGUGACUCGUCGCCUCCCUCGACCCCGCCCGACGUCGAGCCGCGCACGGAUCUCGGGCCAAGCUCUUCUUUGCUCAAAUCGCCAAGCUCGAGGAACGACAUCUUCUCCGCGCCAAGCCCUCAGAUGGCCCCCGCUCCACGGAGAAUACCGCCGUCGCCGAUCUCCACGGCAACAUCUGCCACGAUGGCCACGACGCCCAGCAAGGUGACGCCGAGCAAGAACUCGAGCUUCUUUGGCAGUGGCUCGCUUUCGCCCUCGCCUGCCUCGGCCUCGGCUGCGAUGCAAUCCCACCAGCUGCGCGUGGCGCCCAACGCCGCAUACAUGUCGUCCGACGAACGGCCAGCAUACGGUCGAUCGAGCACCGAAGAGAGGGAGCGAGAGCGGGCGAGAAUCAGACAGAGCAAUUCAGAGAUCGACUUUCGUCUCUGUCCUGCCAAGUCGUACCUGCUCGGCGAAGGAAGGCACUGCAACGUCUACCUUGGCUCCUAUCGUAUCAAGAGCCAGGGCGAGUGGCAGCUGUGCGCCGUAAAGAGGCUCCACGCCGAUCGACAGAGCCAGCUGCUCGGCCUGGACGAGGCCUUUGCCCUCCGGCGGCUUGGUGCUCACCCGCACAUCAUCAAGCUCAUCAGUGUCAGGGACGAGGUUGUCCUGGCAGCACCAUCGCCCAACAGCGACAAAGACGAUGGAAGGAGCCUUGGCAAGGGCCUGCCUUCGACUCUUGCAAGCCACUUGCGGUCGUCGAGCGACACCCAGUCUCACGUUGAUGUUGCGCCUCCCGUUGUGCCGCGGGAACGCGAAGACCCCGUUUCUCACCGAAGACUGGCUAGCCAGCCGCUGGACCGAGCCACGCAACGAGCAGUGCACGCAAUGCAGCCGCCCGUCGUCCUCGUAGCCUCGCCUGACGGCAGCGAGCUGCAUUCCUCCGACUUCAAUGUCAGCCUCCGCCCCUCUGAAAAUCACACCGACCCGCCCCGCUUGUUGAUCUUGCUGGAGUUGCUCCCAUAUAGCCUCAGCUCUUUUGCAAGGAAGAACCCCCUGCUUGUCGACUGGUUCCAGUGGAAGAAGUGGGCCGUCCAGCUCUCCGAGACAGUGGCCUGGCUCCACGGAAAGGGCUGCGUCCACGCGGACCUCAAGCCCGAGAACAUUCUGCUCACGACCGACCUCGACGUCAAGUUGUGUGACUUCAACUCUGCUCUUUUCCCCCAUCCGUCGAUCCCCCUCACCGACGGCCUCGGCCUGGGCACGCCCGCAUACAGCGCACCUGAACUCAUGCGCGGCGCAGCCAACCGCGAGACUGGCUUCAGCUUUGGUGUCGAUGUCUGGAGUCUGGGCGCCAUCCUCUACACUCUGGCCACCGGCAAAGAGGCUUUCUCGAGGGCGCGAAGCAUGAUUGACCUGCUCUACCGCAAGCGAAUGUUCUUUGAGUCAGAGGAGAAUGACCGCAUCGCGAGGCAGAGUGUUGCAGAAGGCUGGGGAAACGUCAGCUCAAAUGCUGGGUCACAGCCUGUCAGCCGAAGUGGGAGUCUGCGCAAGAAGAACAGCACCAAGAGGCAUGCAAGUGGCGCUAGUGACGAGAGCUCCAAGUACCAGCCAUUUGCUCAGCCUGCCCUUCGGCGCGAGCCCAGCUGCGAGAGCGUUUCGAGUGUGGCAAGCGGCCUGCUCCGGUCAGCUUCUGGGGGGCGGCAGACGAGCGCAGAGGCCAUCGAUACACUCCUCGAGCCAUCGACACCUGUGGGUCUUCUUGUGCCGCCGGGCUCGAAGAAGGAACAGACCUCUUCGGCCCCGCACAAUCUCGGCCAUCACCGUGCAUCAUCGCUGGGAAAGAGUCACGCUAGUACGCUUCAGCCUCAUGCGCCCCGUUCGUUGCGCGCUACAGCUGUAGCGAGGCCUACAGUGCUAAGAAGGACGACGUCUUAUGGCGGUGCUGAGAGCGAAGAAAGCUCGUCACCAGAUCCUACGAAUACAUCACAACAGCAGCUACAACAACAACAGAAGCAGCAGCAGCAACAGCAGCAAGAUGCGAUGGGUGGCCGUGACGCGAGUCUUAGUGCUCAUUCUGGACAUCGGCGAGAGAAGAGUGACGAUUCGACCACCUCGUCAGCCUUUGGUUCACCCGUGUCGUCGCCCAAGACAUCAGCGGGUCUUCGUCUGGCCGUUACACAGGCUUUAGCCGCUACACAUCAGCAGCAGCAGCUAUCACGACAGGCGGGCAGCGAGGGCCAGGAGACGGAAGAAGAAGAAGGAGAUGAUGAAGAGGAAGAAGAAGACCGUACACCGUAUCGGGACGGCUCGACAGCCCUUAUCCUGCCUGGCGGAGGAAGGCUUCCAGACGAAGCCAGAGACCUGCUCGAAAGAAUGCUCUCAACGGACCCGAGAAGAAGACCUACGGCACAAGAGUGCCAUCGGCUCUUCACGAAAAUCGGUCUGUGACAGUGUCCAGUAUCCCCCAAAGCCAAUGAGUUACCCCCUGUGCUCUCCCCUUUCCAAAUUUCACCACUGUGCCGUGUAUUGUAGAAUUAUGUAAA